GGACUCAGAGUGACUCUGUUUCAAAGACACACACACUCUUGAAGAGGAACAGUCUCAGUGUGGACUAUCAGGACAGGACAGGACAGGACAGGACGGAAACAGGGGGACAACUGCACCUGUCCCACACACACACACACACACUCAUAGAGAGGAUCUGACCGGACGUCCUUAUGUGUGGAUGGGACCAAAGUUACACAGCGACCUCUCAUAGCUCGGCCAUGUUGACCAGUGAGGGGGCGCACACCAUGGAGCAGGACGACUCGCCACGCGGACCCAAGAUGGCCUCCACCGCCACCACCACCAUCAUCCAAACCACCACCAAAUCUGCCGGAGCUGGAUCCGGCUCAGACGGAGCAGAGACAUUGACAGACACGGACGUGGACAUGGACAUGGACGUGGAGGAGGCGGACAUGACUCGGUGGACGGAGGCCGAGUUCGAGGAGAAGUGCACAUACAUCGUCAAAGACACUGCGUGGGAGGCGGGGCCAGAGGGCGACGGCGCGGUGACGCCGCUGACCAGAGCCGAGGCGUCGCUGCCCCGAAACCUGGCCUUCAAACACCCGGCUGACGGCAAGGAGGUGGUCGGUGUGUGCAGCAGGGAGUACAUCCCCAAAGGAACCCGCUUCGGUCCCCUCGUGGGUGAAAUCUACACUGCUGACAGCGUCCCCCGGGAAGCCAACCGGAAGUACUUCUGGAGGAUCUACGCAGACAAAGAGUUCCACCACUUUGUCGACGGCCUGGACGAGACUCGCUCCAACUGGAUGAGGUACGUGAACCCGGCGCACUCAGCGGCGGAGCAGAAUCUGGCGGCGUGUCAGAACGGCAUGGAGAUCUACUUCUACACGGUGAAGCCCGUGCCCGCCGGCGCCGAGCUGCUCGUGUGGUACUGCCACGACUUCGCCCGGCGCCUCCACUACCCGCCGUCUGGGGAACUCAUGAUGCAGAAACUCAAGCAGUCACUUUUCGAGGUCAAGCAGCAGCAGGUGAGCAGCAAGGACCCGCCCCCCACCGCGGUGACGCCCAGCCCGCCCAAGAGGGAGCACAGCGUCCUCUCGAUUCUGCGCGGCACCAACAGCACCUCGCCCUCCGCGUCUAACAAGAGGGAGCCCAGCCGGCCGCUUCCCACCCGCCCGAGCUGUGCCGACAGCCCCGAGCGCCCGCUGUAUCCCCGCGCGCUCUACCCGGCUUUCAGGCCUCACAUGCCUGAAGAGUUCCACAGCCACAAACCAGGCCAGCUCAGUUACCCCGCAACUCGUUCCCCUGGUAACCAGUCGUUGGCGACGCCCAGCCCAUCGGCGAGGAGCAGCCCAGACAGCAGCCCUCAGGGGAGCCCGUCAGGUGCGGUGCCAUCUCCGGCCUCUUUUUACCCCACUGGACUGGCCUCGUAUCCCGGUUACUCCCCACCAUCAGCCCCUCACUCGUCACCCUUUUACCCCCCGGGAGCCCCAUACUCACGCUACCUCCUGCACCAUCACUACCCUCUGUCGGGUGGUGGUGUUCCCACUGUAGGAGGGAUCUUCCCCCGGAUGUACCCCCUCUACAGCAGCCUCCUGCCAAGUCACGUGCCCAUCAUGCCCGCUGACACAGCAGGGAGGCGCUUCUUGAUGCCUGACCCCAUCCACCCCACCCACAGAGACUUCCUCCUCCCGGGGCCCACCAGUGCCUUUGCUGCCGCCACGUCUCUGAAGGACAAAGCAGGGCCUCACCACCCGUACUCCGGCCACCCUCACUUACACGAGGCAGCCCGCGCUCCUUCGAGCGGCUCCCCGACAGCAGGCACAGCUCCUCCCAGCGAGCGGAUGCCGACCAAGCCUACCUCUGCCCUGCUGGGCAACAAAAGUGAGCUUCACGCCGACGAGGAGGCCAUCAACCUGUCCAAAAUGAAGCGAGGCCCGGGUUCAGCCGGCUACAAAGCACUGCCGUACCCGCUGAAGAAGCAGAACGGCAAAAUCAAGUACGAGUGUAACGUGUGCAGCAAGACCUUUGGACAGCUGUCAAACCUGAAGGUUCACCUCCGUGUCCACAGUGGAGAGAGACCCUUCAAAUGUCAGACCUGUAACAAAGGCUUCACUCAGCUGGCUCACCUACAGAAACACUACCUGGUCCACACUGGGGAGAAGCCGCACGAGUGCCAGGUUUGUCACAAGCGCUUCAGCAGCACCAGCAACCUGAAAACUCACCUCCGCCUCCACUCGGGCGAGAAGCCCUACCACUGCAAACUCUGCCCCGCAAAGUUCACGCAGUUCGUCCACCUCAAGCUGCACAAGCGCCUGCACUCCAGGGACCGUCCCCACAAAUGCCCCCACUGCCACCGCCACUACAUCCACCUGUGCAGCCUGCGGCUCCACCUGAAGGGCUACUGCCUGGCGGCGGGCUCCGGCGCCGGCAGCCCGGCCGUCUCCACGCAGGCGGCCCUGGAGGAGGUGCAGCGCGCCAACGAGGAGAUCGAGCGCUUCGACGUCAGCGAGCACGCCGAGCGGCUGGAGCAGCUGCAGGGAGGCGUGGAGCUGGACACCAUGCUGGAGAAGCAGGUGCUGGGCCUGAUGUGGAGGGACGCCGACAUCAAGUCCUCCCACUUCCACCCGCGCCACAAGGGCGACGAGCUCCUGUCGGCGGUGUACGGCGCGUACGAGUCGCCCAACGAGACGUCGGUCAUCAAGGUGCGGCGCAGCAGCCCCGUGCUGCCGCUCCACGCCAACGUCAUCGUCAAGCAGGAGUCGGAGGAUCACGCUUGAGUGACGAGCUCAUGCAGCCAAGGGGACAUGGACAGUGAACUGCGUUGCCUGGAGCAACGGCUGUAAAUAGAUACAUUGACCUACCUGGUCGUCAUCAGGAGUGACGUCACGACCGCACCAGGUUUCCUCCAACCUAUCAGGGACUCACGUACUCAGGGCUACGACUGACACUGUCCCAUGACUACUUAACGGUUUCAGCGUUUAUUAUUCUUAGAGACAAUCAUCUACGCAGGACUUGGACUUUAAUGUAGUUAUAUAAUGUUAUUAUCAUUGUUGCUGUUGUUGUUGUAUUAUUAUUUGGUCUUUAUUUUCAAAUCUGUUUUUUUGGAUCAGUUACUUGUUCUAUAACCUCCUUAAUUUAUUAUAGCUACUUUUGUUGUCUUUAAAAAGCAAUAAGUGGAAUUUGUGGUUACACUGACAGGGUGAAAUCAAUGUAAAAAACAAAACAACAAAAAUACUUGUGUUACUUUAAUAGGUUUUUUUUUUUUUUUUUUCCAUGUGGCCAUUUCUCUGUAGAUAGUCACUCCCUUAAUGCCUACGCCUGCGACCUCUGACCUACAGGAGCAGGGGUGUCCACUCUUCAGGGUUUAUCUAGUCUAUUUAAAUGAAAACAAACGAAACAGCGUAGCAGGUUGAAACGAUUUGUUCCUUUAGAAACGAGAGCUUUGUUUUCCGUAGCUUCCCUCGAGUGUGACUGUGUCAUUUCUGAUGCCUACUUCAUUAUUUGAGACAGAAAAAAAGGGGCAUUUUGUUUGUUUGUUUUUUUUUGUAUAUUUUUCACAACGGUUACCUCAGUGUGCGUGUGAUGAUGAUGAUGAGGAUGAUGAUGAUGAUGUGAGUGCGUAAGUGUCUGGGACAGCUUAUAAGGUGGGAGCUUUUCUAUUUAUUUGUUUUCUUUGCUACUUGAAGAAGAAGAAGAAGAAGAAGAAGAAGAAGAAGAAGAAGAAACCAAACUGAAGUGGAGUGCAGCUCUUCAUGUGGUCCAAAACGAGCGGCACCGCCCGCUCAACAUGUAGCACAUAACGGACUCAGGAGGCUGGUGAGCCGACCCUCCUUAAUCGUCCCUCCUUUAUUAUUUUUAUUUUAGUAUUUUAUUUUAUUCUAUGAACACUGUCCACGCCCGACGGGGAAGAGAAUUUUUGGGGGUAUUUCACUCUUGGCGCUAAGAAACCAAAGUUGACGUGGCUUUAAAUUUCAAAUGCACACCAAAAA